CGGUGGCAACUGUAUAUUGUCGGUACGGUAGAAAGAAUUUUUAUCUUCGUGCAUUUGGUACCGGUGCUGCCUUAGCUGCAUGUGUCUUAUCUUCGUAGCGUUUAGUUAUGUUUAAAUGGCUCAAGUGAAGACUUUGCCUCAGAGCAAAGAAGCUCUCCUGAAAUCUUACAAUAAAAGAUUGAAAGAUGAUAUCAAAUCCAUGGUUGAUAAUUUUAUAGAAAUAGUGAAAUUAGCAAGGCCUCCUAGUGAGGAAGAUAAUGGAAAUGUUAUUCGACCCCUUUCAACUACUCAAGACCAGUGUGAGAUGCAUGUUCGAGCUGCUAACAUAGUUCGUGCUGCUGAAUCGCUGACUAAACUAAUAUCAGACAUAAAGCAGUUUCUCAUAUUAAAUGAUUUUCCUUCUGUCAAUGAAGCAAUUUCACAGAAGACAAAAAUGUGCCGAGCUGUACAAGAUAAUAUUGAUCAAAAACUUACAGCUCUGAGAGAUGACAUGGCAUCUGAAUUGUAUGAUCUCGAGGAAGAAUAUUAUUCAUCUGCUUUUAAGUUAACACCUAUGUUUUCAUUUGAUAGUGUCAUUAAUCAUACAUCAUAAAUCGCUAGAUGUAAGGAGAUUCAUAAGAUGUAAAUAAGAAGUAAUAUUCAUCAGUAUUUAUAUCAUUUUUUUUGUAUAUUGGAGAUUAACAUGAAGUAUUGAUGUAUAUUUGUUUAGAAUUAUUCAAGCUGUAAAUCAUGAAUAUUUGGAGAAUUGAAAGUUUUCAUGUAAUUGAAUGGUAACAUUCACUUGAAUGAUCUGUAAAAUUUUAUACAUGUAUUAAACUAAAAUUUUAUACAUGCCCUUAAAAUCUU